AUUCAAUUCCCAUCUCAUCAUUCCCUCUCAGUGUUUCUUUUUCUAGCUCCCCUACUCCUUGGAUCAUUGGUGGAUCAUCCAUAAAUCAUUUUCAAAGUUCAAACAAGAGCACAUCAUGGAGACUGUUGAAUUGAAGGUAGAUAUGGUCGGCAUACACGAAAAGAGGCUGAGGAAAUGCCUCUCAAAGCUGAAAGGCAUAGAGAAAGUGGAGGUGGAUGCAAAUAGUCAGAAGGUGAUAGUCACUGGAUACACUCACCGGAACAAGAUACUGAAAGCCAUCAGGAGAGGAGGCCUCAAAGCUGAUUUCUGGUCUGCACAGAAUGAGCUGCUCAGUGCUUAUGCCAGUGCAAGCUAUGGAAGCUUAAGAUUCAACAACUUCAACUUCUUUUAGGAUUGAAUUUUUCUUCCUGGUCUUUUCAUCAUUUUUUUUUUCUUUCCCCAUUUACAAUUACAAUUAUGAGAAUGAGAUUACAUUGAUAGACCAAUUACCAAGGUCAUUUCCUUGUUUUGAUUUUUCGAUCCUUUUUUUUUUUUUUUCUGAUUUUGUGUUAGCCUUUUACUUUUUCAAAGGAAGCAUCACAUGUUAAGGGAUAUGAAAUGUUAU